AUGGAUGGCCUUCUGACGCUCGCCUACGCCGUUAUCGCAUUGAUCGUCAUCUACUGCAGCAAAGGACAGCUGAAGAUUGUCAUUCCAGCUGUGGUACUCGGUGUUAUUGUUGAGGUCCUGGAGAUUGUGAAGAUGGCAGACUCCCAUCCACCGGCUUACGCGCCACCACAUGCUUGGCCGGCUGCGUUGUGA